AUGGAAACUAAACUUUUGAAGCAUCCUCGAGGGGUAAUACUUGGGCCUGUACCGUGGUCUAAAGGCUGGAAACUGGUUGAGGAACCGAACGUCGGGAUAUUGAUGAUCGUACAGAUAGCAGAGAGAUUAGCUAAAGAACUAAGAGAAGAAAAUUGGCUGAACGAUGGCUAA